AUGUGGACUAUUACAAAGCUAAUGCUUGCAUAAAGCCAUGAACCAUAAUAGUAAGGCUGUAAGUAAUAUCCAUUAAUUGUAUUAGGUGCCAGUGGAACCAGUUCAGUAAAUGCCUUUUUCCUUUUUCAUUUUGUUUUCUUCAUUGAAAGGCACCCAAUGAAUUUGACAUGUAUGUGUAAAUGAGAAAACAAGGGACCAUUUUCAACAUCAAUAUCAGGAGUGAAAACUAAAGAUCACACUCUCAAGCUUCAAGCUUCAAGCUCCAGCCCUUGCUUGACCAUUUUGAACCUCCCAUCUCAGGUGCCUCUGAGAAACUGACUUUGACAUAUUGACAUAGGAGAAAAAUGGUGAGAAAGAAUGGUGUCAAGGAAAAGAGGCCUUCCUUCUUCAAGGUUAUUCUUCCACGUUACUCCACUGAACGUCUCAUGAUUCCACCGCAGUUCUUGAAGCAUCUUGGGAAGGAUCUAUGUAGCAAGGCAACUUUGAGCUUGAACAUGUCUUCACAGUGUUCAUGGAAUGUGAAAGUGACUAAAACAAAGAAAGAUGUGUAUUUCAAGGAUGGGUGGCAGGAGUUUUUAAACAAUAACUCAGUGGAUGAAGGCGACUUCCUAGUGUUCACCUAUGAAGGGAAAAUGCAUUUCAGCAUAGCGGUUUUCGACAGGAGUUGUUGUGGAAGAGUUGAUUUUCCUAAUGAAACAUUCAAAGAAUCCAUAGUUGCUAUGACUACUAAAAGGCCUUGUGGUAGACCAAGAAAAGAUAACUCAGCUGCAGAUAACACAGCUAAGGAAUCUGCUAUAUCUUUCAAAUCCAAGUUUCCUCAUUACAAAAGUACUAUUAAGAAAACUUAUUGUGUGUACUCAAUUCCCACCACCUUCUACAGGGAGCAUCUUGCUGCAGGCAAAUAUGAAUUUGCUUUCCUGAAGAUCUCAGGGGGAAACAAAUGGUACAAAGUGAAGCUUGUCCCUUCCAUUCGAACAGCCUUCAUGUCUAAAGGGUGGGCUGCGUUCGCGCGUGAUAACCAGAUCAAGGUUGGACAUGUUUGCAUUUUCGAGCUUGUGAAAGAGAACAAAAUGGUGGUUCACAAUUUAACAUUCUCCGGAAAUGAUCAAGUUCAAGCUAUUAACAGCAUCUGAUGAGAGCUUCAAGGUUUUUUGACUUACUAGACAUGCUAUUAUUGUAGUUUCCUGUACUAUUGUUAUGUUGGAUUGCUUUGCAUCUAUUCAGUAUUAUGUUGGAUUUCUGAGACACUGGUGCAGAACUUAUAUUGCACUGAAUAUUUCUUCUCUA